AUAAAAUUGUGGAUAAAUCGACCUCAGAGAAUUCAACAAUAUAAAUUGGUAAAGGGAUUUAGGGUUUUGGACAGCUUCGAGGGGUGUUUUGCGUAUUUUCUUCGUUUGAUCUACUGAUUUGAGGUUAAUUGAGAUUAUUUGAAUUGUAUCCAGUUUCGAAGAUUCAGCCAAUAUGCAGAAUGAGGAGGGGCAAAACAUGGAUCUUUAUAUUCCCAGGAAGUGCUCUGCCACUAACAGGCUGAUCACUUCCAAGGAUCACGCGUCUGUCCAGAUCAACAUCGGGCAUUUGGAUGAGAGUGGCAGAUACACCGGGCAAUUCUCAACCUUCGCGCUGUGUGGAUUUAUUCGCGCCCAGGGCGAUGCCGACAGUGCACUUGAUCGCCUCUGGCAGAAGAAGAAAGCUGAAACCCAACAACAGUAAUUGAGCUUUCGUUCAUCCAAGUUGUUUUUCAAUGGUUUUUUAAGACUGCUGUGUUUGCUACUUUCUGUGAGGAACCAUAUUUCUUGUUAAUGGUAAAAUUUUAGGAAGAAAUCAGAAAUACAGUCCACUGUUUUUUCAUA